AUGGGGUCUGGAGACCACACUAAAGACCGAGACCGAACUAGAGACCGGACGAGAGACCUCCACACUGAGCAUUAUAUCACGUGUGACCUGGCUGACCCUGGAAGCACUGAGCAUUAUAUCACGUGUGACCUGGCUGACCCUGGAAGCACUGAGCAUUAUAUCACGUGUGACCUGGCUGACCCUGGAAGCACUGAGCAUUAUAUCACGUGUGACCUGGCUGACCCUGGAAGCACUGAGCAUUAUAUCACGUGUGACCUGGCUGACCCUGGAAGCACUGAGCAUUAUAUCACGUGUGACCUGGCUGACCCUGGAAGCACUGAGCAUUAUAUCACGUGUGACCUGGCUGACCCAGGAAGCACUGAGCAUUAUAUCACGUGUGACCUGGCUGACCCUGGAAGCACUGAGCAUUAUAUCACGUGUGACCUGGCUGACCCUGGAAGCACUGAGCAUUAUAUCACGUGUGACCUGGCUGACCCUGGAAGCACUGAGCAUUAUAUCAAGUGUGACCUGGCUGACCCUGGAAGCACUGAGCAUUAUACCACGUGUGACCUGGCUGACCCUGGAAGCACUGAGCAUUAUAUCACGUGUGACCUGGCUGACCCUGGAAGCACUGAUCAACAGACAGCAAAAAGGGGAAGAACCAAAGAGAAGGAAGGAAAAACCAGAGAAGGAAGAAGAUAA